AUGCUAGGGUAUUCUCGAGGAGGAAGAUCAACGGCCGGAUUGAAGCUCCGGGCGAGCCUACACGCAGACGCUACGCCUGGGAAAUUCCCUCAGGAUCGACAGGUGCUGCCAUCUGACGAGAGCGGGUCGGACGAGGGCAGCAGGCAUGGACAGGGGGGGUGGCAGAAGGAAAAGCUCAAGUGGAAGCCGCCACAGACAGUGUGGAGAGCGUUUGCCACCCUCAUCAUGGCGGGACAGGUGUCCAUGCGUGUGCUGACGGGGCGCGUCCACUGGCGCAAUCUGCUGACUCAGCUUCAGAUCGUGGGACCCGGAUCGCUCGGAGUCUCCCUGCUGACAGCAUGCUUCGUUGGCAUGGCGUUCACCAUCCAGUUCGUGAGGGAGUUUGCCCGGUUGGGCCUCACUCGCUCGGUGGGGGGUGUGCUGGCGCUGGCGCUGUGCCGAGAGCUCUCCCCCGUCGUCACCGCUAUCAUCAUGGCUGGGCGCGUUGGGAGCUCCUUCGCUGCUGAACUCGGCACCAUGCAGGUGUCAGAGCAAACGGACACACUGCGAGUGCUCAAGACCGAUCCAGUUGAUUACCUCGUGACUCCCCGUGUGGUGGCGUGUGCCCUGGCUCUCCCCGUGCUCACGCUGCUGUGCUUCACGGUGGGCAUGGCCUCCUCUGUGUUUCUCGCUGAUGCCGUCUACAACGUCAGCUCCAACAUCAUCCUCGACUCUGCAGCUCGUGCUCUUCAGGCAUGGGACGUGCUGAGCAUGAUGGUGAAAGCGGUGGUGUUUGGGGGCAUCAUAGCGGACGUGAGCUGCGGAUGGGGCAUGACCACGCAGGGCGGCGCCAAGGGCGUUGGCGAGUCCACCACAGCUGCAGUGGUUAUUUCUCUGGUUCUAGUCUUCAUAGCCGACUUUGCCCUCUCCUGGUGCUUCUUCCAGGGGCCUGGGGAUGCUCUGAAAGCAGCUAUGGGGUAG